AUGUUGCUGCGACAAGCAUAUCCAGAGCAGAAGGAGAUCCUUAGUUACAUUCAAGAUGUCGCCCAGAAGUAUGGCCUAUACAAAUUCGUGCGCUUCAGCUCAGAAGUCACCGCCGCUGAAUGGGACUCCGAUUCUCACCAGUGGAACGUCGGCAUCAAUGUUCUAGCGGGAAAAGAGGCUGAGUUCUGCUCUAAAUACACAAUCAAGGCAAACUUCUUGAUCGCCGGAGUUGGGCAGCUGAACGAGCCAUUCUGGCCCAAAAUCACUGGUCACGAAAGCUUCCAGGGUAAGACUAUGCAUUCUGCUCGCUGGGACUGGAGCUAUGACGUUGCUGGCAAGCGCGUCGGCAUAAUCGGCAAUGGUGAGCCUUUGAUCCAAGAGCCAUGGAAAGAAACCGAGUCUGACGUUGUUUUAGGAGCUACCGCUGUUCAGAUCGCACCUGAAGUCGCAAAGGUCGCUUCUCACUUAACCAUCUUUCAACGCUCACCAAAUUGGUUGAUGCCGAGAUUUGACGCGGAAAUUCCACGAUGGAAGAGGAUUUUAUUUGAUCAUGUACCCCCGAUUCUUAGUCGGGUAAGGGCUGAGAUAAUGAAUGCUCGCGAAUCCUACUAUCAAGCUGUCAAUCACGCCGAUUCCUCCGACUCUUCUACCAUGACGGCGAUCUGUAAACAGCACAUGCAGACUCAGCUGCCUGAUCGCCCGGAUCUGUGGGAGAAAUUGACACCAAACUAUCCGCCGGGAUGUAAACGCAUUUUACUUAGCGAUGAUUACUAUCCUACAUUACGACUUCCGCAUGUCACUCUCGAGACACGACACAUCGACAGAAUGACUGAUUCCGGCGUCGUUAUCAAAGAAGGAGCACAAGAGAAAGAGAUUGAUCUUGACCUCAUGAUUUUUGCAACCGGAUUUCAAGCCAAGGACUUCCUGCACGGGAUUUACGUACAAGGCGCGGGGGGCCAGACUCUUCGUUCCAAAUGGGCAAACGGUGCAUCUGCUCUUUACGGAGUCACGGUAGAUACGCUGCCAAACUUUGGAAUGCUCUACGGACCAAACACGAAUCUGGGCCAUAACUCCAUCAUUCUCAUGAUUGAAGCUCAAGCCAGAUAUCUCGUCCCAUUAGUCACAAAGGUCUUGAAGAGCAGGGCCCGAGGGGGUAAGCUAUCAGUCGUGCCCAAGGCAUUGAGGGUCCAAGAAUGGAACAAAUACCUGCAGAGCAGUCUAGGAAGUUCGACCUUCGCUGACACGAGGUGCAGUAGUUGGUACAAGACUGACAGCGGACUUGUCACCAACAAUUGGAGCGGGACUGUGGUGGAGUACCAGGAGCUGCUGUCCAAGGUUGACUGGUCGGACUAUGAAGUCGAGGGAGAUGGGAUGGAGAAUUUUCCGACUGGCAAGGAGCAUAUUGGCCGUGUUGUGGAGGAGACGCUGUUUAGUACUCGGCAACUUGUCUCGGUGACCGCUCUGGCAGGAUUUGCUGCAGCAGUUUCCGUCUAUCAUCAUCGUCGGGGCAAUUUGCUCAAGCACAUUUUGUAG